UUCCACACAAAAUUAUUAUACCCUAACGCAUUCUUCACAAAAUAUGUAUUCUAGCUCAGGGACUUUUCGGUGCUUUCACGUGACUCGCCCAAUUGUCAUUGGUGCAGACAACUCCCCUGUAACCAACGAACUUCCAGGCAGCAAUCUGAAACCAUUCAAAACCCAUCUUGCACCCUCUUCUGUCAAUGAAUCGAUAAAAUUUUCAACCUGGGCCUGGUUUCUGCGAAGUCUAAACGCAAUCGAACAUGCCGCCAAAGACAGAAAUCAUUCGGAGAAGGGCCUUAUCGGCCAUCUUUCGCCGAGAAGUCUACAGUGGGGAUGAAUCGCAGUCAAGACUCCUCCGUCUUCCAUUCGAGCUCCGAAACAAGAUCUGGGAAUACUGUUUUACGUAUCCCAACGGGAUUCCGAUCGAUUGUCAGAUUCAGAACGAUAGGAGAUUCAAGCGUAAAGGGUCACCGUGGCCAGGAGCUAGUGUUCUGGCUCUUCUUUUCACGUGCCGACAAGUCUACGUGGAAACUAUCGAUAUGACGUGGAGAGCAUGUCAGUUCCGAACAGACGCUAUAUCCGUUCUCCACCUCGAGAGCGUGGUCAUCCCUCGACGCAGAGACGCCAUCGUAAAUCUCUCUGUACAAUGGGAUUAUCACGUCAACAAGGCGCCAGCGUCAAGAGAACAGUGGAUCAAAGUAUGGGAGGCGCUCUCGAGACUAAAGUCUCUGAAGACGUUGAGAGUGCUUGUGAUUGGCGGGUGGCCUGUUAACACGUGGCGGCGUGAACGCGAGGUAUUGUUUGAGGAUAUGAGAAAAGUGGAGGGGUUGGAGAGUUUUGAUUUUAGUUUGCAGGCCUAUACUCAUGGUUGUCGGUUAGAUGUUCCUUGGAAAGAUGGGCAUUGGUUAGAUUGAUCGCACGGUAUUUGAGGAGGCAAAGGUUUGCAAAAACCAUUCAUUCUCUAUCACAAUAGCCGUGUCUAGCAUAUGGGCCAUGUCCGUAAAGUAUCAUGCAUAUACUCUCUGCUCUUCAUGAUUAGUCACAAGGUGAAUUCAUAUGCAAGUCCAAAGCCCUUCGUUGUAUGAAAAAAGAAAUCUGCAAAAGAAAGCAUAAUGAAAAUCAACAGCUGCAAGAAAUUAUCCUCCAAGUGAGAACCUCAAGUCUCGAAGACAUCCAAUCGAAAGCUGCUUCCAUCUCACCAAUCAGCAAUCCAUCUUGGCAAAACCUGCGAGUCUAACACGCUGCACCUCGCGGUUCAGGAUGUCUGAACAGUUCGCCA